AUGUCUCUGUUACGGUUACGCCCCCUCCGCCUGGCUCGCGCCUAUGGCACCGUUCAAGGUCCCCCCAGUGCUGGCUCGCUGCCCAGUCGGAUCCCAAUCGCCCUCCAGGAAGCCACAGCAGCGAGUGUCCCUAGAACCAACUGGACCCGUGAGGAGGUCCAGCAGAUUUAUGAAACGCCGUUGAGUCAAUUGACUUAUGCUGCUGCCGCCAUCCACCGCCGCUUCCACGACCCCUCCGCAAUCCAAAUGUGCACGUUAAUGAACAUCAAAACCGGCGGCUGCAGCGAAGACUGCAACUACUGCGCGCAGUCCUCGCGCUACAACACCGGCCUGCAAGCCACCAAAAUGUCCCCCGUCGACGACGUCCUCACCAAAGCCCGCACCGCCAAAGCAAACGGCAGCACACGGUUCUGCAUGGGCGCCGCCUGGCGAGACAUGCGGGGUCGCAAGACAAGUCUGAAGAACGUGAAAGCCAUGAUUUCCGGAAUCCGCGAGAUGAACAUGGAAGUCUGCGUGACGCUGGGCAUGAUCGACGACAAACAGGCCAAGGAGCUCAAGGAUGCGGGGUUGACCGCGUACAACCACAACCUGGACACGUCGCGGGAGUACUACCCGAACGUGAUCACGACGCGGUCGUACGAUGAGCGUCUCAAGACAAUCAGCCACGUCCGCGACGCCGGCAUCAAUGUCUGCUCGGGCGGUAUCCUGGGCCUUGGCGAGGAGGACUCCGACCGCAUCGGUCUGCUGCACACCAUGUCGGCCCUCCCCUCGCACCCGGAAUCCUUCCCCGUCAAUGCCUUGGUUCCCAUCCCCGGAACACCCCUCGGCAACCGCAAGAUGAUCCCGUUCGACAAGAUUCUGCGCACCGUUGCCGCGGCGCGAGUCGUCAUGCCCAGUACGAUCGUGCGUCUGGCAGCUGGCCGCGUCGCCCUCUCCGAGGAACAACAAAUCGCAUGCUUCAUGGCCGGUGCUAACGCCGUGUUCACGGGCGAAAAGAUGUUGACUACGGACUGUAACGGCUGGGGCGAGGACCGGGUGAUGUUUGAGAAAUGGGGGUUCUAUCCCAUGCAGAGCUUUGAGAAGCCUGGGUUGUCGGCUGCUGAGCCGCAGACACAGUCUUCGUUCAAGGAGGCCCAGGCCCCUGUUGAGGGAGCUGCGCAGGACGUAGCUCGUGCAUAA